ACCUGUCUAGGCCCGUGUCUGUGCGUCUGCGCCGCAAAAAGGAGGAGGGUCUUCCACUCAGUCUUUUUAUUUAUUUCUUUGUUUCCAGGAGAAAAAAACAAAAACAAGCACAGCGGUAUAUUCCUUUGCGGGACCGCCGAAUAAGAGAGAACCCUGGACCAUACUGCCGUACGUAUUAAAAAGCCCGAUUUAAGGGGGCGAGGAUGAAGCGGCGCAAUGCGGACUGCAGCAAGCUUCGACGGCCCUUAAAACGGAACCGAAUCACCGAGGGGAUCUACGGCAGUACGUUCCUGUACCUGAAGUUUCUGGUGGUCUGGGCUCUGGUGCUGCUGGCAGACUUUGUGCUGGAGUUCCGCUUCGAGUACCUCUGGCCUUUCUGGCUCUUCAUUCGCAGUGUUUACGACUCCUUCAGAUACCAGGGCCUGGCUUUCUCAGUGUUUUUUGUGUGUGUGGCGUUCACAUCAGAUAUUAUAUGUCUGCUGUUCAUCCCAGUGCAGUGGCUUUUCUUUGCAGCCAGCACAUAUGUGUGGGUACAGUACGUCUGGCACACAGAACGAGGGGUCUGCCUCCCCACUGUGUCGUUAUGGAUACUUUUUGUUUAUAUCGAGGCAGCUAUCAGAUUUAAAGAUUUGAAACACUUCCACGUGGACUUGUGUCGUCCAUUUGCAGCGCACUGUAUCGGGUACCCGGUGGUGACACUGGGCUUUGGUUUUAAGAGUUAUGUAAGUUAUAAGAUGCGUUUGCGGAAACAGAAGGAAGUACAGAAAGAGAACGAAUUUUACAUGCAGCUGCUGCAGCAGGCGCUACCUCCAGAACAACAGCUCAUACAGAGACAAGAGAGAGAAGCUGAGGAGGCAGCAGCAGCAGCAGCAGCGUCUAAAGGCAUUCAAGAUGUAGACUCUCCAGUUGUGGCACAGAACGGUUCGGCGGGCGGUAAAAAGCCCUCAUCCAACACAUUACCAGAGCUGGAAUACAGAGAGAAAGAACGAGGCAAGAACGAGUCCAAAAAGCAACACAACCACAACCAGAACCAUCACAGCAGCACCAGCAGCAGCAUCUUACCAUCAGCGGACAGUAAAGCUCAGGAGUUGGAGUACAUGGAGAACCAUGUGAACAGUAAGAGACUGAGCAGCUCAGACCUGCUGGGCAGCACUGAGAACCUGCUGAAAGAGGAACACUCUUCAUCCUCCUCCAACUCUAAUAAAAAUUACAAAAAUGCCAGCGGAGGAGGAGGGGGAGGGAGCUCCUCGCCCCGGGGGAACGGAACGGCCAAUGGCAGCUUGCCGUCUUCCUCCGGGCCUUCAUCGUCCACCUCUUCCUCGGGUAAGGGGGACAGGAAACAGAAGUGUGGAGGAGGGAAGAACUCAGCGUCAAACAGAGACCCUGUGGAAAACUGCAUUCCCAACAAUCAGCUGAGCAAACCCGAAGCCCUCGUCAGGCUGGAGCAGGAUGUUAAGAAGCUGAAGGCAGACCUGCAGGCUAGCAGACAGACCGAACAGGAUCUGCGCAGUCAGCUGGGCUCACUAGGCAGCUCUGAACGCAGCAUACGCUCUGAGCUCGGACAGCUGCGGCAGGAGAACGAACUACUGCAAAACAAACUUCAUAACGCCGUUCAAGCGAAGCAGAAGGACAAGCAGACAGUGGGGCAGCUGGAGAAGCGUCUGAAGGCAGAACAGGAGGCUCGUGCUGCAGCAGAGAAACUGUUAGCAGAGGAAAAGAAACGCAAGAAGCUGGAGGAGGCCACAGCAGCACGUGCAGUUGCCCUCGCUGCGGCAACCAGAGGUGAGUGCACAGAGUCUCUGAGGAGGAGGAUUUCUGAGCUGGAGACGGAGUGUAAGAAACUCACACUUGACAUCAAGGUGAAAGAAGAUCAAAUCAGAGAGCUGGAACUCAAAGUUCAAGAGCUGCAUAAAUAUAAGGAAAAUGAGAAGGACACAGAGGUUCUGAUGUCAGCGCUGUCAGCGAUGCAGGAUAAAACCCAGCACCUGGAAAACAGCCUCAGCGCUGAGACCCGAAUCAAGCUGGACCUCUUCUCUGCCCUCGGAGAUGCUAAGAGACAGCUGGAGAUCGCACAAGGUCAAAUUCUGCAGAAAGACCAGGAGAUUAAAGACCUGAAGCAGAAGAUAGCAGAGGUCAUGGCCGUCAUGCCCAGCAUGGUGUAUUCUGCAGAUACAGGCAGCAUGACCCCAGUCACGCCCCAUUACUCCUCCAAGUUCAUGGACACCAGUCCGUCAGGACUGGACCCCAACGCAUCUGUUUACCAGCCCCUGAAAAAAUGAAUGCUUGUUUCCCACCACAACAGACCUACACUCAUUGUCUCAUACACACACACACACACACACACACACACACACACACGCACACACACACACACACGCACACACACACGCGCACACACACACACACACACACACACACACACACACACACAUACACAUACACGAGGUCUUCUCUGCUUGUUUUUUUUUUCCUCCAUAGGCCCAGAUUCAUUUUUGGCAUGUCUGUGGCUCAGAUUGCUUUUUUGUUUUUUCGUCUCCUAUUUCUACAGCUUGCCUGGUCAGAAGGAUGUUGUAUUGUGUGACUGUAUUUGUUGUAGUAAAAAAAACAAAAGACAAAAAAAGAGGACUUUUAAGGGACGUCACACGUUGAGUAGGAAACUGCUGUUUCUUUUCUCUUGUAAUUGUCUAGAAACCUCACAGAAGUUAGUGAGUAUCUUUCCUCAGUACAUUCAGAGAUCGCAUCCAUUCUUGUUCCUAUUCUUUGGAUUUUGGCCUUGAUUAUUUUACUGUUGUUGGUUUUUUUUUUUUUUUUUUUUUUUUCUCUCGGGGGGAUGAAAAGCAGGGCAAGUGUGAGAUCCGUUGUCCCAGGUGCUCUACCCCAUAUCAGAAGAUUUUUACUCAAGAAUGUCACCAUCUAAGAUGACAAGAAUGUAACCCAAAAAACACAAAGCGUCCCAGAAACAAUGCGAUAAAAUUAUCUCACUUGGAUCAGUAUGUCAGGAUCGGAUGACUCCCGAUCUUUAAGGACUCGUUUGAUGGACCGAAGCUUCACCUGUGGAUUGCUGUUCUUCCUCCUGGUACAAAAAAACAAACUGCACCACAAACACAGUCCAGCAGUGUAAUUCACCAGUUACAGAUAAUCAGUGCCUUCGUAUGGGACCUCAUUGGUGGAACCGAAAGAUCUCUUCCCUCCCUUCACCACGUCAUGCCUCAACCACUUCCUUUUUGGUCACAUACGGCAAAUGGAUCACCAGCCCAUUGGCGUGACGACUCUGCUCCUGUUUUGGUCCGUGCUUGUGAAUUCGGUCAUUUGUUUACAUUAUUAUUUAUUUAUCCGGCGUUGCACUAUUGCACUGUUGACGAGCUCGCAAGGGAAUAUCUAAGUAUGAAAACACAGGAUACUUUCCUCUCCUUGUUUUCUUUAUUGUAUUGUAUUGACCAUGUUUCAGUAUCAGACAGAAGCUAGUGUAGUCCAGUGCCAACUAAAACUGUAAAUUUGUUAAAAAGAAGUGUUUCAGAUCCAUCCGGUUACUGGCUGGUCCAAUGAUCAGAAGCUAGAGGAGAGUAUUAUUGCUAUUAUUAUACAUAGUUUGUGUCUUGUUUUUUGAGAAAUACUUGGUUGUGCCACUUGAUGGCGCCGUUGUGUUCAGAAAGUGUUGCUACUUUAAACCCGUUAGACCCUUGGAAAGGUUUUCAUCUGACCAUCAUCACACUCGCUGUGUAAAUGAAUACAGAUCGAGAUGUCUGCUAAGCAUGAAGUAUUACCGGGUUAAAGGGAGAACGUCCUGAGCCGACCCACUUUUUGGAAAAACCCUCAGAUUUGUGUUUAAGCUAAUAGAUUUUGCCAGCCAGAGAAAGUCCGUUCCUUCAAACGAGUUCCGGGGCGGUUAAUUUCAGAAGGGGAGAUGGUUACUGUGUUAAUAUUCCAUUGGUGAAUGAUGGAUGGGCGGGUGGGGGGGGGCGGGGUUUAGCCAGAAUCAGUCCUAUGUGGUAUUGUAGUGCUCCGAGAUGGUUGUUGUUUUUGGUGUCUGUGUUUUUUAAAACUAUGAUGUGAUGGAGGUAGUGGGAAAGUUUGCAAAGUCCAAGUGGUUUAAAUGGUGGGGGGGGAGACACAGUUGUUUUGUUUUCUUUGCCCGCUGUCACUUCUAGCUUUCUGUCUGUUUUUCGGCCAGACCAUGGCUGCACUCUCUGUGAGGUCUCUGUGAGGUUUCAAGUAAUAAAACCUUUUUUUUUUUUUUUUUUUUUUCUGGCAUUUAAACUUCGUUUGUGAUUUGUCCAUUGAUUGUUGUGGUUUCUAAAUGCUUGCGUGCAAAAUUAUAGAUGGGUCACAAUACAGUGCUUUGACAGCAAGGAAAAACAUUGCUAAAUGCAAAUGAUAAAACCGAAUUAACCAUAUAAUUAUGGUUUAUUUUGGGUUGAGCAAAGGCUUAAUUUAUGAGGAAGAAUAACAAUGAAACCAUACAUUUCCCCUAAGAGUAGGUACACAGUAUUUGUUUAUCUGAUUUCUCUGGACAGAUUUUCAUUGACAGAAAUGCCAGGAGUACAUAUCAACAUGUCAGUGAUAUAUAGACAAAAAAUAAACAUUAUGCUUUUAGAUCUCA